AAAAAAGUAGUGAGAGAGGUCAGUGGGAGUGUGAAGACAGACAGACAGAGCUUCACUAUAAGCCUUGAGCUGUGGGUUUGUGUUUUUGGCCAUCUCUCUGUUAUGUGUCUUUGAUCUCUCUCUCUCUCUCUCUCUCUCUCUUUCAAACUGCUCUGCAUCCAAACGGGGGCCGUGGGAUGGGUUGCACGGCGUCGAAGCUGGACAACGAGGACACCGUCCGGCGGUGCAAGGACCGCCGCCGCUUCAUGAAGGAGGCGGUCUGCGCACGCAGCCGCCUCGCGGCCGCCCACUCCGACUACUGCCGCUCCCUCCGAGUCACCGGGUCCGCCCUCUCCGCCUUCGCCGCCGGCGAGCCUCUCUCCGUCUCUCACCAUAGCCCCGCCGUCCUCCUCCGCACCCCCUCCUCUGUCUCCCACUCCGCCGUCACUCCGCCGCCUCCUCCGUCGCUGCCUCGCCAGUUCUCCCCUUCUCCCUCCCCCACUGUCGACACCUCCAAGCUCCCGCACAUACUCUCGGACUCCACCCCCUCCCGCCGCCACCGGAACCCUCCGGUUGAAACGAGUCCGUCUUCGUCUCCAACUCCGUCGAAGGAUCGCUCGACGAACCAUACUUACAACUGGAAUGCAAACGCUCCCGCUCGCCGCCAACAGAGGCCAAUCAAGCUUCCUCAUAUUCUCUCCGAAUCGAGCCUUUCUUCGUCCCCCGCUCGGUCGAUGAAUAAUCCACCGAACUAUACAUACAACGCAAAUGCAACAUAUGCAAGCACGCCCUCUCAAACGUCGUCGGUUUGGAACUGGGAGAAUUUCUAUCCUCCGUCGCCGCCGGAUUCGGAAUUCUUUGAACGCCGGAACAAUGACCACAAGGAGGAGAAAGUCUACCAACACAAUCACCACCUCGAGCUUGAAGAUGGAGAGAUUGAGACUGAGAGGGAGGAGGUCCAGUACAGUGAAUGGGACGACCACGACCACGACCAUUACAACACCACGACCUCGUCGGAGGACGAAGACGGGGGGGACGGAGAAUCCAGAUCUGAGGCUGGGACGCAUUCGAAUUUUGGAUCGUCGGUACACGCAGAACCGAAGGCUCCACCGCCGGCGGCGUCGACAAUGAGAAAGUCUGAGGACGCCAGAUCUUCCUCCAGCUGGAACGCUGCCGGCAACGAGAUCUCCGAGAUGAAGCUCCUCGUCCGCCACAAGGAUCUGGCUGAAAUCGUGUCGGCGAUCCGGGAGUAUUUCGAUAAAGCCGCAUCCGCCGGCGAUGAGGUGUCGGAGAUGCUCGAGACCAGCCGAGCUCAAAUUGAUCGCAGUUUCCGACAAUUGAAGAAGACGGUUUAUCAUUCGAGUGGAGUGUUCAGUAACUUGAGCUCGAGCUGGACUUCAAAGCCGCCAUUGGCGGUUAAGUAUCGGUUUGAACCGGGUCCAGUAGAUGAACCAGGCAGUCCCAAGAGUCUGUGCUCAACUUUGGAACGGCUCUUAGCUUGGGAGAAGAUACUGUAUCAGGAAGUGAAGGCAAGAGAGGGUGUGAAGAUUGAGCAUGAAAAGAAGUUGGCAGCCCUUCAAAGUCAGGAGUACAGAGGGGAUGAUGUAAUCAAGUUGGACAAAACAAAGGGUUCAAUAAAGACGCUGCAGUCACAAAUUAUGGUCACCUCUCAGGCAGUUGGCACCACCUCUUCUGCCAUCAUUCGUCUAAGAGAUACAGAACUUAUCCCGCAGCUCAUCAGACUUUGUCAUGGGUUCAUGUACAUGUGGAGAUCCAUGAACCAGUUCCAUGAAGUCCAGAAUGACAUUGUACAGCAAGUACGGGGCCUUGUGAACAGUUCAACCAAGGGUGAGUCCACAUCUGAUUUGCAUCGUCAGGCUACUCGUGACCUUGAGUCGGCUGUCUCUGCCUGGCACUCUAGUUUCUGCUGCCUGAUAAGAUUCCAGCGGGACUUUAUUUGCUCACUCCACAGCUGGUUCAGGUUGACCCUCCUUCCUGUCGACAGUGAACCAACUAAUGGCAGCAGGGAACCUUCUGAGGCACUUGCCUUCUGUGAUGAGUGGAAGCUUGCCCUUGAUCGUCUUCCAGACACAGUUGCAUCCGAAGCCAUCAAAAGCUUCAUCAAUGUCGUCCAUUCAAUAUCAAUGAAGCAGACAGAGGAACUGAAGAUUAAAAAACGUACAGAAUCUGCAUCAAAAGAGCUUGUGAAGAAAUCUUUAUCCCUUAGGAAUAUAGAAAAGAAGUAUUACCAUUCAUACUCUAUGGUUGGUAUUGGGCUUCCUGAUCCUGGGACUGAUACUGGUCACGCCUUGGACGCCCGCGACCCACUUGCUGAGAAAAAAUCUGAGCUUGAAGCUUCCCGAAGGCGAGUGGAAGAUGAGAUGUUGAGGCACUCCAACGCAGUCGAAGUGACCAGAGCAAUGACACUGAAUAACAUCCAGACAGGCUUGCCUGGUGUUUUCCAGGCUAUGACCAGUUUUUCUGCCUUAAUUGUGGAGGCACUCGAGACAGUGUGCAAUCGAUCUUAUGCCAUAAGUAGAUAAGCACAUAACAUUCAUCUUAAUACACCAAUAUGAUAUAUAUUUUUUAGUUUUAAAGACAUGUUGCAGUAAGGGCAAGGACUUCUAAGCGGCUGCUCUUGAUGUCAUGUUUAAAUUCCCGCUCCCCGCUUCCCCCCCCCCUCUUCUGUUUUUUUUUUUCCUAUUUUUUUUGGGUAUGUAGAUAUAUGGAAUUUUUGCAGUUUUGUCAUCCUUUUUUUGGUUGGAAGGGAACAGGAAUGUUUCUGUACAGGAAAUUGCUUGGAUUAUUGUAUCAGAGAUUUCACUUUUUCAGCAGAGAAUAAAUGUAAUAUCUUCAGCCUUUUGCUGAGUUUUAACUA